AUGGUGGAAUCCACAGUUCCUCGCCAAAAAUGGUGGAGGAUUCAGUGGUAUUCGGAUGACGACACGCCCGAGGAGCGUCGCUUUAUCAUCAAGCUCGACAUGGUUGUCGUUCCGUACGCCGUCCUGGCCUACUGGGUAAAAUACAUCGACCAGGCAAAUCUCAACAAUGCUUAUGUCGCCGGCAUGAAAGAGGAGCUCAACUUCCAGGGAAACGAGCUCGUUCAACUGCAGACCAUGUACACGAUAGGUGCGGUGGUUGGGAUGGUCCCGUUCAUGUUCCUGUUCACGUACAUCCCCAUGUACUGGUCCAUCCCAUUCAUGGACGUUAUGUGGGGUCUUUUUACACUGCUUCAAUACCGCGCCCAGAGCUUUGGUGAGAUGGCCGCGUACCGUUUCCUGGUUGGAUUCUUUGAAGCUGCCUUCUUUCCGGCGAUGCAUUACGUCUUUGGUUCCUGGUAUCGCGGACACGAGAUUGCCCGCCGUGGUGGACUUUUCUAUACCGGCCUCAACCUGGGGACUCUGACCGCCGGGCUGGUGGCAGCAGGGGCUUCGCAUCGCCUCGAGGGCGUCAACGGGCUCUCGGGCUGGCGAUGGAUGUACAUCAUCUGCGCACUCAUCACGUUCCCCGUCGGAAUCAUGGGCUAUUUCCUCCUCCCCGGCACCAUCGAGCAGCCCAACCGCUGGGUCCUCAACGAAAAGGACAUUCAGAUCGGCAGGGAUCGCCUCGAGCGCAACGGCCACGUCACGGCAGGCAAGUUCAAGGUGGGAAACCUGAAAAAGAUCCUUUUGAGCCCGCGUUUCUGGACAGUCGUCCUGGUCGACAUCCUCUUCUGGAACGCAGGCAUUCACAAAACGACCGGCAGCUUCCUUCUCUGGAUCAAAAGCCUGGGCCGGUACAGCCCUGCGCAGAUCAACGAGCUGGGAACCAUCGCCCCGGCCCUCGGCAUCCUUUAUAACCUGCUGGCCUGCUUCGCCUCGGAUCUCAUACUCGGUCCGGCCUGGGCCAUCACGGCGUCCUCGCUGCUGAACGCUUCUGGCCUCGUCAUCCUCGUUAUCUGGGACGUGCCCGAGGCUGCGAUGUGGUACGGUUUUUCCACCAUGUAUUGGGCCAACGCCUUGUCGAGCGUCCUGCACGGUUGGGUGAACACGCUGCUGCGCGACUCGCCGGAGGAGCGGUCUUUUACCCUCGUCGUCAUCACCAUCAUCGCCCAGUCGUCCACCGCCUGGACUCCCCUGCUGACUUUCCCCACCGUCGAAAGCCCACGGUUCCCCAAGGGAUUCAGCUUCUGCCUGGCUUGCGCCUUGGCGUUGGUGGCGGCGACGCAUGUGCUUGAUGUUUAUCUCAAACGACAGGAGGCAUACAAAGCGCGAGUUACCGCCAGCGGGGAGGAUGCCCAGAGUGAUGGGGCAUCUACUGAAGGGACUCCAGGCACAAAAGUUACUGUGGGAAAAGACGUAAAGUAG